AUGUCCACAGAAACACAGCAUAAGCAUAAGAAACACAAUAGUGAUACCGUUCAAUUGAUUCUUGGCAUUCUAGUUGGAGUUUUAGUGGGCUGUAUUGUUUGGUUCGUUAUUUCCCGACUCAAGUUUAUCAGGUUCUUGAUCAAAGGAGAGAAGAACGAAAGUUUGGCAAUUUUCAGUCUAUUAAUCAAGAAUCCCAAGGACCUAGCUUUCCUAGAGAAAGAGGGUGGACUAGCAUUGCUCAAAAUCAUAGGAAGAGGUGGAUGUGGAGUAGUUUAUAAAGCAAAUUUACCCGGAAGAAAUGGAAUGGAAAUUGCUAUAAAGAAGAUAACUCUGCCCCUUAACGUUGAAGAGCUUUCCCAAGAAGACAGUAAGCCUUUGAACCAGAGGAUGAGACAGAUAAGAUCAGAAAUUCGGACAGUGGGUCUAAUCAGACACCGAAAUCUACUUCCUUUGUUAGCCCACGUGCCACGGCCUGACUGUCAUUAUCUGGUGUAUGAAUACAUGAAGAAUGGUAGUCUACAAGAUGUGCUCCAACAGGUCUCACAAGGGAGAAGAGAAUUAGACUGGCUUGCACCAUACAAAAUCGCAUUAGGAGUAGCUGUCGGCCUCGAGUAUCUGCAUAUGCAUAAUAUCCCACGUAUAAUUCACAGGGACAUCAAGCCUGCAAAUGUCCUUCUUGAUGAUGAAAUGGAAACUCGAAUUGCUGAUUUUGGGCUUUCAAAAGCAAUCCCUGAAGCCAACACUCAUUUUUCAACUUCGAAUGUGGUAGGGACGGUGGGGUACCUCGACCCCACAUAUUACCAAACAUUUCAGUUCACCGAGAAGUGUGACAUAUAUAGCUUUGGUGUGUUGCUAGGAGUUCUAAUGAUGGGUAAGUUUCCAACAGACGAGUUUUUUCAACACACAGAUGAGAUGAAUUUAGUGGGGUGGAUGAGAAAUAUCACGAGAUCUGAGGAUCCAAAAAGAGCAAUAGAUCCACAACUCAUGGGAAAUGGAUACGAGAAGCAGAUUCUUUUAGUUCUCAAAAUUGCUUAUUAUUGUACCUUGGAUAAUCCAAAAGAGAGGCCUGACAGUAAGAAUGCUAGAUGCAUGUUAUCUGAUAUCAAGCAUUGA